GCGGGGCGGGGGCGGGGCCUGGCCUGACGCAGUGACGCCGGCGCGGAGCGGGGCCGGGCAGGGCAGGCGCCGCCAUGGCGAGCCAGUCUCAGGGCAUCCAGCAGCUGCUGCAGGCGGAGAAGCGCGCCGCCGAGAAGGUGGCCGAGGCCCGCAAGCGAAAGAAUCGGAGGCUGAAGCAGGCCAAAGAAGAGGCCCAGGCAGAGAUUGAGCAGUACCGCCUGCAGAGGGAGAAGGAGUUCAAGGCCAAGGAAGCAGCGGCACUGGGAUCUCAUGGCAGCUGCACCACUGAAGUUGAGAAAGAGACCCAGGAAAAGAUGAGCGUGAUCCAGCAGAACUUCCAGAAGAACCGUGAGGUCGUCCUCUCCCAGCUGUUGUCGCUAGUGUGCGACAUCAAACCUGAAAUCCAUGUGAAUUACCGCAUCAAUGGGUAGUAGUGAAAGGAGGAAUGAGAGUACUGGAAAUACUGGUAGUAAUGUCUGAGCUUCAAGUGGAAUGUACAGCUUUUAGCCCUACCUUAACUGUUCUUCUUCUACAUGUGUUAAAUUAUUUCAGUGAGUUGUAGGUCAUGAAUAUCUUGUGGGAGUUCUGUUAGUAUCUCUCUUGACACGGAUUUGGAGCUUAUUCAAACAUUAAACAGCCUUGUCUCAAAUUUCUGCUAAGUUAUUAAAUACAUAUUUAAGUUGGCACAUUAAUGCUCCCUUUUUAUCUGGGUGGUAUACAGUGAGAGGCUUUCCUCUGAGAGGUAGAGAGAGAGGUGCUGGCCAGGUUUAAAUGCACAGCCUGUGUCGGUAAUUGUUGACCUGUGUAACUAUAUUCUUGUUGACCAAAAUGCAUUUUUCAGUGUGGUGUUAACCUUUGUGCAGGGGUUAAACCUUGUAAGAAGAAUUCUCUGGCUGUACAGUGUUGGCUGGUAAUUUUCAGGUGCUUGAGUUUCUCUGUAUUUAAUACCCUCUGUAUAUUCUGCUGUUCGCUUGAGUUGCAAGUCUGGCGCUAUCACACUUGGAAAGUAAAAACACCUAUUUAACUCCAAA